AUGGCUCUUGUUACCACCGUCUUUUUAUCCCUGUUUCCUACAAUCGUCUUUAGUACUGGUCUUAUCGUGGGACCUUCCGUGGUGGAAGUCACGCAGUCAUUCAAUGAUGUCUUUCCUUACGAAAACUUUAAUCGCAACAUCACUGUUCCUAUGUGGGAAACCGACCUGCUGAGUGGCAAGAAUAAGUCGGCGGUUCAAAAAGACCUCGAGAUGAUUGCAAAUGCUUCGUUUGUAGUCUAUGACCCGGACUUCUACAACCUGCUUGGUAUUUCGGGACCGUUUGAACAGAAGCAGGUCGAGGAGAUCUUCACCUUCCCCAAUCCGCCACUGUAUGCACAACGCCAGAUACAUGACGGAUCGGUCUAUGUGCCCGAAGAGAAUGCUCUGUUUGUGGCCGAGCUGUUCUCCCCCAAAGAAGGGCACUCUAUGAGCGCUAUCCCUUACGUUUGGAAGGUGGAUAUUACGGACCCAGCAUCCCCCAACACAACCAAGGUGUAUCCGAACCCCCCAUUGACAAUUGCGAACGGAGCAUAUCGGUUCAAUGGAUCGGUGUAUUGGGCACAGGAGGGAAAUUUUACGACUCCUAGCUCCAUCGUCCGCAUGGAUCCUAAGACGCUGAAGACUGAGGUGGUAAAGAAUAAUUUCUACGGCCAUCGAUUCAACUCAAUGAAUGACGUUGUCAUCUCCGAUGAGGGCGUGGCAUUUUUUACGGAUGGAUACUAUGGUUGGGACAACUUCAACGACACCCUCUUCCCCGAGUUAGCGAAUGGUAUCUACCGCUGGGAUAUGCGCACAGGAAACAUCAAGAUGGUUGCUGGCGCAGCAGAGGGUGCAUUCUUCAACCCCAAUGGCCUCGCAUUUAGUCAGGACCAGACCAAACUAUUUAUCACCAACCGAGGGAAUUCUAGCUCGGAUCCCCAAGGUGGCCGGACUAUCUAUGUCCAUGAUGUCACCUCUUCUGGGCUAUCAAACCGAAAUGUGUUCUCAUACUCUGAUGCCGGAUUCCCCGAUGGCAUUAAGACUGACAAGGACAACCGAGUCUAUGGAGCGGUGACUGGGUCGGUCGACGUAUAUGAUUUUCGUGGCACACUCCUUGGGCGGAUUAAAGUAGCGGAUGGUGAUGUGGCAGUGAACAUGGCAUGGGUGGAAAAUUGGCUCUAUAUAUUUAGCCGCAACAAGAUUUACCGCGUUGAAUUAAUGACAUCUGGCCGCUAA